GCGGACGCUCCAGUCAAGCGCGCGACUUGUUCUUGCGAAGAGCGCCCCGAAAUCCACUUGCGAGCGCACCGCGAAUAAACUCACAGACGAAAAAAAAAUAAUAAUAAAUAAAAUUAUUGCACGGUGACAAUUGGAAGUCGAUCGCGAUCGAUGUAUCGUCGGAGUGCCGGUGCAUAAGGGAAAAAUCUAUGUGCUUGUGCCGUGCUGUGGUGUAAAAUGAGGUUACUAGGGGGCGACCCCGCGGUCUGGCAGUUCUUCGUGCUGGCUUCGUGCGGAUGCUGGCUCGUCUUCGCCGAUACGAGGCUGUCGCCGAACGCAGGUGAUACGAGCGGCAUCAUAUGUCCUUUCGGGUCCUUCCGAUGUCCCGAAGGCAAGUGCAUUCCGUCCCUUUGGUUAUGCAAUUACCAAGCGGACUGCGAAAACGCCGAGGACGAGCGACAGUCUUGUCCGCCUCCCGAAUGCGAACAGGGACAGAUUCCCUGUAGACAUUACACAUGGAACAAAACUUAUUGUAUUUCGCCGCACUACCGCUGUGAUAUGACCGUGGAUUGUAUAGACGGAUCCGACGAAACCGAAUGCACGUAUAGGGAAUGCGAACCGGACGAUUUCCGGUGCGGCACCAAAGCGACGGAUCCGUGCAUACCGAAGGAGAAAAAGUGCGAUGGUUACCUGGAUUGCCGGUCGGGCAAGGACGAAGAAGGAUGUCCCGGCGUGUCCUGCCAAUUGGACCAGUUCCGCUGUUCGCGGGGCCACCGGUGCAUCGAAAAGUCGCAGAAGUGCGACCACAAGGACGAUUGCGGCGACAAUUCCGACGAACAGGGAUGCAAUUUCCCGGCCUGCCACGGAUCGCAGUUCCGAUGCGCCAACGCCCUCUGCAUCCAGGGCGCCUACCGUUGCGAUGGUUACCAAGACUGCUCGGACGGUUCCGACGAAGUCAAGUGCGCGGCGAUCGCCUGUCCCGACAACAAGUUCCUCUGCCCCAAGGGCACCCCGUCGGGCACCUACAAGUGCAUACCCAAGAGCAAGCUCUGCGACGGCAAGAAGGACUGCGAGGACAACGCCGACGAAGAGGCCGCUUGCUCGAAAUUGUCCUGUCCGUCUCUCGGCUGCGAGUACAAAUGCCAGGCGUCGCUGACGGGCGGCUCGUGCUACUGCCCCGACGGCAAGAAGCUGGCGCCCGACAAUCGGACGUGCGUCGAUCGCGACGAGUGCAACGAAUGGGGCUUCUGCGACCAGCUGUGCACCAACACCGACGGCGGCUACGCGUGCUCGUGCACGCGCGGCUACGUCGCCGCCGACCGGAACCGCUGCCGCGCCGAGAACGCCACCUCGAUGCUGUUGUACUUCGCCCACGAGAGGGCCAUCUUCAGCAUGACGGCCGCCGGCAGCAACUUCAAGGUGGUCGUCAACACGACGAGCGCCAGCGGAUUGGAUUUCCAUUAUACCAGGAACAUGAUGUAUUGGUCGGAUGUUAAAACUAAGAAGAUCCAUUCCCAGCAAAUAGUGAGCACGCCGGGCUACUCGACGCCCGAUAUAGACCUCUCGAUGCCGGGCUCAUGGCUACCGAUCGCCAUAGCAGUAGAUUGGAUUGGUAACAAACUGUACGUGGCCGAUUCCGUCGGACAAAAAGUGGACGUCUUCGAGUUGCACGGCAAAUGGCACGCCAUAGCGUUGAGCAGCAACCUCACGAACCCCGCGGAUAUCGCAUUAGAUCCCACGAUGGGACUGAUGUUCAUCGCGGACAGUUCGCAAGUACUUAGAGCCAACAUGGACGGCACCGAUCCGCUGUCUAUAGUAUCCGAAGCUGCCUACAAAGCGUCCGGAAUCGCGCUGGAUAUAAUAGCGAAGCGAGCGUACUGGUGCGAUUCGUUGUUGGACUACAUCGAAACCGUCGACUACGAAGGCAACAACCGGUUCCUGGUGGUUCGAGGCCAACAAGUGCCGAGCCCGGCGCGAUUGACUCUGUUCGAGAGCCGCAUCUACUGGACCGACGGCACCAAGCAGGGCGUCAUGUCGGUGGAUAAGUUCGAGACGAGCAGCAUACAAUCCGUGUACAGGACGCGCGACAUACGGGAUCCCAAAGCGAUCAAGGCCGUGCACGCGCUGGUCCAGCCGCAUUUCGUCAGUCCUUGCGGCAACAACAACGGCGGCUGCCAGCACAUGUGCAUCAUCACGAAGACGGGAGCGCGUUUGGGAUUCCGGUGCGCUUGUAACAUCGGCUUCCGAUUGGACACCGACGAGCGCAACUGCAACAUCGUCGAGGAGUUCCUCAUGUACUCGCAGCAGCGGUUCAUCAAAGGCCGCGUGCUGGAUCCGGUGAUCGAGGGCUUCAGCGACGCCAUCGUGCCGGUGGUGUCGGGCCGGGCGCGGUUCGUCGGAUUGGACUUCGACGCGAAAGAUCAGUACAUUUACUACUCGGACGUGCUGCAGGACGUGAUUUACCGCGUGCACAGGAACGGCACCGACAAGGAGAUCGUGCUGGCGUCGCAGAACGAGGGCGUGGAAGGUCUGGCCGUCGAUUGGGCGGCGAAGAAUUUGUACUACAUCGAUAGCAGAAAGGGCACGUUGAACGUGCUCUCCACGCGCAACGUGACCUACAAGAGGACUUUGUUGAAGGAUCUGAAACGGCCGAGGGCCAUUGUGGUCCAUCCGAACAAAGGUUUCGUGUUCUUCUCCGAAUGGGACCGGCCGGCCAACAUAUCCAGGACCCUCACCGACGGCACCGGUUUGAUAGUGUUCAAAAACCUGACGCUGGGCUGGCCCAACGGGCUCUCCAUCGAUUUCGCCACGGACAGAUUGUACUGGUGCGACGCUCUACUCGACCACGUCCAGCACUCCAAACUGGACGGCACCGACGUCAAAACCGUCAAUUCCCGAUUGAUCCGACACCCCUUCAGCAUAGUCAUCCACGAAGAUUUCAUGUACAUCACCGACUGGCGUCUGGACGCCAUCAUCAAACUCCACAAGCUGACCGGCGCCGGCGAGGAGACGGUAAUCAAAGAACCGCAAACCAACCGGCUGUACGGCGUGAAAAUCUACAGCGAGAAGGAGCAACCCAUCGUCGACGCGCACCCCUGUUGGAACGACAACGGCGGCUGCCAGAAGCUGUGCUUCGCCGUUCCCCGCGACGGCUCGCACGAGCUGAUCGCCAAGUGCGGCUGCCCCUACGGCGAGCGCCUGGCCAACGACCAGAAAUCCUGCCAGGCGGAUCCCAAUCGCGAGCCGCCCGUCCAGGCGUGCCCCAAGAACUGGGACUUCACCUGCAACAACCAGCGGUGCAUACCCAAGUCGUGGGUGUGCGACGGCGACGACGAUUGUCUCGACAACAGCGACGAAAACCAAAAUUGCACCAAGCCGACGUGCAGCGCCAGCGAGUUCCAGUGCAAGUCCGGUCGCUGCAUACCGGCGACGUUCAAAUGCGACGCCGAAAACGAUUGCGGCGACUUCAGCGACGAGACCGGCUGCGUCAACGUCACCUGCAGCAGCACGCAAUUCCACUGCGACAACGGCAGGUGCAUACCCAACAGCUGGAAGUGCGAUUCGGAGAACGACUGCGGCGACGGAUCCGACGAAGGAGAUUCCUGCGCGGAGAAGACGUGCGCCUACUACCAGUUCACGUGUCCGCGCAACGGGCACUGCAUCCCGCAGAAUUGGGUGUGCGACGGCGACGACGAUUGCUUCGACAAGGAGGACGAGAAGGACUGCCCGCCGAUCACGUGCCAAUCCAACCAGUUCAAGUGCAACGAUUUGAAGCAGUGCAUCCAGGAGAGCUACAAGUGCGACGGCAUACCCGAUUGCAACGACGGCAGCGACGAAAUCGGCUGUCCUUCGAUCGCUCCCGACCAGUGCAACCCGGAGAAGCAGUUCCAAUGCGAGAAAUCGGGCAUAUGCAUACCGAAGGCGUGGCACUGCGACGGCACGCCCGACUGCGACGACCGCUCCGACGAGCCCGAGUCCUGCGGCAACAUCAACUGCCCCAUCAACUUCUACAAAUGCAACAGCACCCAGUGCAUCUUCAAGGCGUACAUCUGCGACGGUAAAAAGGACUGCGAGGACGGCUCCGACGAGAGCUACAUCCACGCGUGCGUCAAACCACCGUUCGUGUGCCCGUCGGGCGAGUGGGCCUGUCCGGAUGUCACCGAGCGAUGCAUCAAUCUCACCAAAGUCUGCGACGGUACCCCUGAUUGCCCCAACGGCGCCGACGAAGGUCCCGAUUGCACGUUCGAGGAGUGCCAGCACCAAGGCGGCCUCUGCUCGAACGGAUGCAAGCAAACUCCACAAGGUCCGCUGUGUUUGUGCCCGCCCGGCGAGAUUCUCUCGAAAGACGGGAUGACCUGCGAGGACCACGACGAAUGCAACCCGCCCGGAUUGUGCUCGCAGCAAUGCACCAACACCAAGGGGUCUUACUACUGCGGCUGCACCGGCGGUUACCGCUUGGAGCCCGACAGGCACACCUGCAAGGCCUUCAAUCAUUCGGCGGCGUUUUUGAUCAUCUCCAAUCGACAUUCCAUACUGGUGGCCGAUUUGAAGGAGAGCGGCUUGGAGAGGGUGCCCAUCAUCGUGGAGAACGUGGUGGCGACCGCUUCGAACAUGCACACCGGCACGAUAUUUUGGUCGGACAUGAAAUUGAAGAAGAUAUCGAAGCUCGACAGGGGCAAGGACCCGGUGGAGAUCAUCUCCACCGGAUUGGAUCUGGUCGAAGGUUUGGCGUACGAUUGGAUCGGCAAAAACGUCUAUUGGUUGGAUUCCAAAUUGAACACCAUCGAGGUAGCCAAAGAGAACGGUUCGAAUAGGAUAGUGUUGGUCAGAGAGAACAUCACCCAACCUAGGGGCAUGUGUUUAGAUCCGAGUCCCGGCGCGAAAUGGCUGUUUUGGACGGAUUGGGGCGAGAACCCGCGCAUCGAACGCGUCGGCAUGGACGGUACGAACCGUUCGACCAUCAUCAACACGAAAAUCUACUGGCCCAACGGUCUGACCCUCGACAUAGCCAAUCAACGGGUGUACUUCGCCGAUUCCAAAUUGGACUUUAUCGAUUUCUGCUACUACAACGGCUCGGGCAGGCAACAAGUCCUCGCCGGCAGCCACUAUCUGCUCCACCCGCAUUCGCUGACGAUCUUCGAGGACACCCUGUAUUGGACCGACAGACAGCUGAACCGCGUGCUGUCCGCGCACAAGUUCAAAGGCAACAACCAAACGGUGGUGUCGCAUUUGAUAUCGCAACCGUUGAGCAUCCACGUCCAUCACCCGUCGCUGCAACCUGUCGUCGACAAUCCCUGCCUGACGGCUCCCUGCCAGCACAUUUGCCUCCUGUCGCCGUCCGCGGCCGCCGGUUACACUUGCAAAUGCAAGCCGGGCUUCAAGCUGAACCCGGGCGGCACGUGCAGCGAGGAGGACAACACCUUUUUGUUGGUCAUGAAGGGCACCCAGAUCGUCGACGUUCCCAUCACGCCCGGAGAGGGCUCCACCGGUUUCAUAACGCCUAUAGUGGGCAUCGAGCACGGCGUGCAAAUCGACUACGACAGGAAGAACAAUCUCAUCUAUUGGGUGGAGAGCAAAGACGCCGACGGCGAAAACUGUACGAUAUGGAGUACUCCAUACAGCGGUGGUAACAAAACGCAAGUGUUAGGAGCUGACAACGGUAUAGUGGGAUCACCUUCAGCGAUCGCCUUCGAUUGGCUGGGUAGAAACAUAUACAUAGGCAACAGCAAGGCCAGUAACAUAGAGGUGGUUCGAGUGGACGGUAAGAUUAAGUACAGGACGAUAAUACUGUCGAAUGACGGUAACGAGACGUCGGUGGCUUCGCCUACGGCCAUUUGCUUGGACCCCACCGAUGGGAAAUUGUACUGGGCCGACGAAGGGGGCUUCGGAGUACCGCCGAAGAUCGGUAAAGCCAACAUGGACGGAAGCAAUCCGGUGAUAUUGCUCACCAAUAUCACCAAGCCCGACGCUGUGGUGAUCGACAUCGAAACGAAAAUGAUCUACUUCAGCACGGAGAAUCCGCCACUAAUCGGUAAAAUCAACGUGUACGGCAUGGGAAAAGAGAUCAUCCUAUCCGAAGAGCACAGCAUCAACUCGCCCAAAUCCAUCGGAGUCCUCGGCAGCAGGCUCUUCUACUUGGACCCCGUCUACGAGAAGCUGGUGCAAGUCGCCCUACCGACCGGCAACAAUCCCCGGACGAUCCUCGAAAACGAACCGUCGUUGAAAUCCUUCACGAUCUUCCGCAAACGACCGCUCGGCGACCAUCCCUGCCUCCAAGGCAACGGCGGCUGCGAGCAGCUCUGCAUACCGGCCGAGGGCCGGUCGAGGACCUGCGCCUGCGGCAUCGGCUACAAGAAGAACGAAAUCAACUGCUCGCCGUUCCGAUCGUUCGCCGUCGUCUCGCAAUUGGACAUCGCCCGCGGCUUCAGCCUCAAGGACAGCUCGGAGGCGAUGGUGCCCAUCACCGGCGGCGGCCAUCACAUCCUGCACGUCGACGUCCACUUCGCCGAGAACUGGAUCUACUGGGUGGAGUUCAACAGGGGCUUCUGGAACGGCGUGUUCCGCAUCCGGCCGAACGGCACCGAGUUGCAGCACAUCAUCAAAGACGGCAUCGGCAGCAACGGCAUCAGAGGCAUCGCCAUCGAUUGGAUAGCCGGCAACAUGUACUUCAGCAACGUCUUUCCGCACGAGAACUACGUGGAGGUGUGCUGGUUGGACGGCAGGUACCGGAAGAUCAUCGUGAAAACGAUCACGGACGCGCCGCGAGAGCUCGCCGUCAAUCCCAUCAAACGCAUACUCUAUUGGAUCGACUACGGGCAGUACCCGAAAAUCGGCAAGUCCAAUCUGGACGGCACCGGUUGGUACCCGCUGGUAUCGUCCGGCAUCAGCGAACCCACCGGUUUGACCAUCGACAUGAACAACCACGACGUGUUUUGGGUCGACUCCAAGCUCGACAUGAUCCAGAGGAUAUCGUACAGCGGCGGUAACAGACAAGUCAUCAGACGUAACCUGCCCAAUCCCAAAGGCAUCGCCAUGUACAAAUCGGACUUGUAUUGGGUGGACAGGAACCUCAAAUCGAUAUUCAAAGCGUCGAAAUUACCCGGCAACACUUCCUUACCUACCAAAGUACGAAUCAACUUACCGAAUUUACGAGACGUUGUUAUCUACGACAUCACCAAUCAACCGUCGGACGAAUCGAAUCCUUGCAGGAAAUACGACAACGGCGGUUGCGAACAAUUGUGUUUCUCAUUCCCGACGGACAUCGCCAACGCCGGCAAACCGUCGUUCAAAUGCGACUGCGCCACCGGCAACCUCACCGAAGGCGGCAAAUGCGACUUCGGCAACGAGUACCUGGUGUUCACGACGCGCACCGAAAUCCGCGCCGUCAACCUGGACCCGCGAUCGAAGAACGUGCCGUUCGCGCCCGUCGGCAACCUCACCAACGUCGUCGGCGUCGACUUCGACCACCAGCACCAGACGUUGUUCUUCACGCAGAUCAAACCGUGGGCGCGCAUCGCCAAGGUGCCGGCCACCAAGCCCGAAGGGCCGGCCAUCGUCAAUCUGCGCAACAAGGGCGUCAAUCCGGAGGGCGUCGCCUACGAUUGGACGCAGCAGAAGAUCUACUGGACGGACUCGUCGAAUCGCAGCAUCUACGCCAUGAACUUGGACGGCGGCGAUCUGGUGAUGAUCGCGCGCGUCGAACGACCGCGCGCCAUCGUGCUGGACCCGUGCAACGGUACGCUGUUCUUCACGGAUUGGGGCAAAUUCGGCACGGCCGGCAAGAUAUUCAAAGCCACCAUGGCCGGCUCGCUGAAGCGCAUCAUCGUCGACAGGAAUCUGGCGCAACCGUCCGGCUUGGCCAUCGACUACGACGAUCGGAUGCUCUACUGGACGGACGCCGUGCGCGAGAAAAUCGAACGGUCCGAUUACAACGGACGCAAUCGCGAGGUACUGAUAUCCGCCACCAUCUAUCCGUUCUCCAUCACCGUAUUCGGCCGGUACAUCUACUGGACGGACCUGCAGCUGAAGGGCGUCUACAGGGCGGAGAAACACACCGGCGCCAACAUGAUCGAAAUGGUGAAACGGCUGGAGGACAGUCCGCGGGACAUUCAGGUGUACUCGGACAGGAGGCAGACGUGCCGCGUGAACGCUUGUUUGAUCAACAACGGCGGUUGCGCGAAGAGCUGUCAUCCGGCGCCUAACGGUACGUCGGAGUGCAAAUGCGACGAUAACACGAAACUGGUCAACGAAGGUAGGAUGUGCGUCGCCAAAAAUCUCACCUGCGAUUCGAGCAAAUUCUACUGCGCCAACGGCAGGUGCAUAUCCAGGAUGUGGGCGUGCGACGGCGAAGACGAUUGCGGCGACAACUCCGACGAGGACACCAAAUAUUGCUCGUUCCACUCGUGCUCGCCCAACGAGUUCCGCUGCGCCAACGGCCGGUGCAUCUUCAAAUCGUGGAAGUGCGACCACGAGAACGACUGCAAGGACGGCUCCGACGAACGGGACUGCGAGUACCCCAAGUGCGCCGACGGCGAAUUCACCUGCGCCAAUCACCGGUGCAUACCGAUGGCGCAGGUCUGCAACGGCGUCAACGAUUGCAAGGACAACGUCACCUCCGACGAGACGCACGAACGGUGUCCGCGCAACACCACCUGCCCGCCCAAUCACCUCAAGUGCGAGAAGACCAACAUCUGCGUCGAGCCGUACUGGCUGUGCGACGGCGACAACGAUUGCGGCGACAAUUCCGACGAGGAUCCCGUGCAUUGCGCCGAGAGGACUUGCCCGCAGAACAGCAUCCGGUGCUCCAAUCACAGGUGCAUUCCGGCCACGUGGUACUGCGACGGCGACGACGAUUGCGGCGACGGGGCCGACGAGCCGCCGGAGUACUGCAAAAGCGACGGCAGAACGUGCUUCGGGGACCUCUUCACCUGCGACAACGGCAACUGCGUGCCUCGAAUAUACAUCUGCGACGGCGACAACGAUUGCUUGGACAACAGCGACGAAGACAACAGGCACGAAUGCAACGACAGAAAAUGCGACGAGGAGAACGAGUUCACGUGCGAGGCGAACAAGGAGUGGGGCAGGGCGCAGUGCAUACCGCGCAAGUGGCUGUGCGACGGCGAUCCGGACUGCGUCGACGGCGCCGACGAGAACGCGACGUUGCACCAUUGCGCGACGCCGCAGCCCUGCAGCGAGGACCAAUUCACCUGCGCCAACGGCAGAUGCAUCAACAGCGGUUGGGUGUGCGAUCACGACAACGAUUGCGGCGACGGCACCGACGAGGGCAAGGAGUGCAACAUGAAGUACAAGACCUGCUCGACCACCGAGUUCACCUGCCAGAACUUCAAGUGCAUCCGCAACCUGUACCGGUGCGACGGCGAGAACGAUUGCGGCGAUCAUUCGGACGAAGUCGAUUGCAAAAAACACAACCAAACGUGCGCGGAUCCGACGCAGUUCCGAUGCAACAACGGCCAAUGCAUCAAUUCGAAUUUGGUGUGCAACAAAGUGUCCGAUUGCACCGACGAUUCGGACGAGCCGCUCCACUGCAACGUCGACGAGUGCGCCAAAGUGGAGAUACACCAAUGCGGCCACAAGUGCAUCGACACGCCGACCAGCUAUUACUGCGAAUGCAACCAGGGCUACAAAUUGUUAGAGGACGGAAAAGCCUGCGCCGAUAUCGACGAGUGCAUAGAAAAGCGCGGCGUUUGCUCGCAGUAUUGCUCCAACACGCCCGGCAGCUACUACUGCAAAUGCAACGACGAAUACUACGAAAGGGAACUGGACGAGCACACGUGCAAACGUAAAGACAACACCACGGCUUGGAUAGUCUUCACCAACAAGUACUACGUGCGAAACAUGUCGUUAGACGCGAGCGUUUACAACCUAGUGCACCAGGACCUCAUGAAUGUGGUGGCGCUCGACUACCACAUGAAAGACGAGUACAUUUACUUCUGCGACGUGACCGCCAAGACGAUAUUCCGCAGCCGGUUCGGCAGCAAGACGAAGGAGGCGGUCAUCCGGCACGAUUCGCACGGCCUGGAGGGCAUCUCGAUCGAUUGGAUCGGCAGGAAGCUCUACUGGCUCGACAGGCACUCGAAGAACCUCGACGUGGCCGAAUUGGACGGUACGAAUCGCAAGACGUUGAAGACCAGCAUACCCGAUCCGCGGGCCAUCGUUGUGCAUCCCGGCACCGGUUACCUGUACUUCUCCUCCUGGCACCUGCAGGCGUUCAUCGGCAAAUUGGGAAUGGACGGCAGCAACUUCACCAGGAUCCUAACGUGGGAGAACGACAUCGCCUGGCCCAACGCUCUAACCAUCGAUUUCUUCACCGAUCAAUUGUACUACGCCGACGCCCAUUUGGACUACAUAGCCCACGUAGAUUUGGAAGGCAGACACCGGCACGUAGUGAUAGCCGGCAAGGCGGUGCCGCACGUCUUCGCCAUAUCACUCUUCGACGAUUUCAUCUACUGGACCGAUUGGAACCUGAAGGCCAUCAGCCGAUCGAACAAGUUCGACGGCAGCCAGUUGCAGGUGCUGCGCAACACCACCCACAAGCCGUACGACAUCCACGUGUUCCACCCGCUGCGCCAGCUGCCCUACUACAAUCCGUGCGCCGACAACAACGGCGGAUGCUCGCACCUGUGCCUGAUCGCCCCGCCGCCCGCUUCUAGCUACCUCAACAUCGACGGCUACGGCGACGAGGGUCAAACUAUACGAACGUGCGCCUGCCCCAACCAGUUCUAUUUGGCCAACGAUAAGAAAACUUGCAUCGCGAAUUGCACGGCCGGCCAAUGGCAGUGCAAAGGUACCGACGAGAAGUGCAUACCGUGGUUCUGGCAAUGCGACGGCGAGAAGGAUUGCAAGGACGGUUCGGACGAGCCGGCGACGUGCCCGCCGCGCCAAUGCCGCGCCGGCAUGUUCCAAUGCGCGAACCUCAACUGCACGCCGUCGGCGACGAUCUGCGACGGCACCGACGACUGCGGCGACAACUCGGACGAGCGCAACUGCGACAAGGAGUGCCCCGAAUUGGAGAUGAAGUGCCGCUCGAACGGCCGCUGCAUCCUGACGAGCUGGCGGUGCGACGGCGACGCCGACUGCAAGGACGGCUCCGACGAGGACCCGGAGAUAUGCCACAAGCGCGCCUGCGACGCCGACACGGAGUUCGCCUGCAAGAACGGCCGGUGCAUACCGAAGCUGUGGACGUGCGACGCCGACAACGAUUGCGGCGACGAUUCCGACGAGCCGGCCUACAUGUGCCGGCAGAAGAACUGCACCAACGGCUGGCAACGGUGUCCCGGUCGCGCGAACUACCGAUGCAUACCGAAGUGGUUGUUCUGCGACGGCAAGGACGAUUGCCGCGACAAUUCGGACGAGCUGCCCGAAAACUGUCCGGCCUGCAGCCACGACACCGAUUUCAAAUGCAAGAACAACCGGUGCAUACCCAAGCAGUGGAAGUGCGACUUCGCCGACGACUGCGGCGACGGCUCCGACGAAUUAGAAGAGGAAUGCAAGGGCGUCUACAGGGAAUGCUCCGAAUCGGAGUUCCGGUGCAGCAACGGCAAGUGCAUAUCGUCGCGAUGGCGUUGCGACCACGAAGACGAUUGCGGCGACAACUCGGACGAGAGCGCCUGCGACGGCUUCCAAUGCAAGAACGGCACGUUCCAAUGCGCCUCCGGCCAUUGCAUCGCCUCGUACUUCCGCUGCGACGGCGACCGCGACUGCCGCGACAUGUCCGACGAGAAGAACUGCCCGCCGCGCUUCCCCGGCGGCCGCUACUGUCCCGAGUCGCGCUUCCAAUGCGACAACCGGCUGUGCGCCAGCCAGGCGGACCUCUGCGACGGCACCGACGACUGCGGCGACGGCUCCGACGAGUCGCCGUUGCUCUGCACGAACUUCAAUUGCGACACGCUGAAGCGGUACCCGUGCGCCAAUCACAAGUGCAUACCCAAGUACCAGUUGUGCGACGGCAUAGAUAACUGCGGCGACGGUUCGGACGAGAACAACAUGACGCUGUGCGCGGCCCAGGUGAAGCCCUGCGAUCCCAUAAUGGAGUACAAGUGCGCCAACAGGCAGUGCAUCGACAAGAAGCGAGUGUGCGAUUUCGCCGACGAUUGCGGCGACAGCUCGGACGAGUUGGGUUGUCAUCACAACGACGUUUGUUCGGACGCGACGCGAGGCGGUUGCGAACACCAAUGCAUGAACCUGACGGACGGCGGGUACAUAUGCGCCUGUUACUCGGGUUUCAUCGUGUCCAAGGAGAACAGGAAGGUGUGCUUGGACGUCGACGAAUGCGCGACGGGAGCGCACCACUGCUCGCAGAUUUGCGUCAACUUCAACGGCACCUACGGGUGCCAUUGCAGAGCCGGUUUCCAAUUGUCCGACGACUUGUCGGGCGUGUGCAAAGCGGAAAAAGAAGAUAUAACUCUGCUGGUAGCGAACGGCGGGGAAAUACGUUCGUUCGAGCUGAAAGAACGCGACGUACGAGGCAUCAUAACCGAGGAGCAGCGCAUCGACGCCGUCGAUUACAAUCCGUCGAUGCAGAUGAUCUUUUGGGCCGAUAGCAGACAGAAGACGAUAAAGAGAUCGUACAUGGUGAACGCGAUGAACGGCGACGUGAAGACUGGAUUCGCGCAAGAUCUGGAAAUCAAAGGCGGCGCCAAACCGAUAGCGAUAUCGAUCGAUUGGGUGGCGAACAAUCUCUACUGGACGGAAAUCGACCGGAGCGCCAAGCCGAAAGGGCGAGUGAUGGUCGCCAAAACCGACGGUCGCUACAAGAGAUCUUUAGUGAACGUCGGUUUGGAGUACCCCUCGUCGUUGGUGGUCGAUCCGCAAUUGGGGAAAAUGUACUGGACCGAUUCCGGAUCGUCGCCGAAGAUCGAAGUCUGCUGGAUGGACGGCUCGAAGCGCCAGCCGUUGAUCGUCGACCAGAUACGCCAUCCGACGGGCCUGACCAUCGACUACGCCAUGGAUCACACCCUGUACUGGGUCGACACCAAGCUGAACCUGAUCGAGAGCAUGCGCAGCGACGGCACCAACAGGAAGAUCGUCAUCAGAGGCGACGCGCUCAAGCAUCCCAUUUCCCUCGACGUGUUCGAAUCGAACAUCUAUUGGGUGACGAAGAACACCGGCGAAUUGAUCCAGCAGGACAAAUUCGGCCGGGGCGUGCCCGUUACCAUACAGAGAGACAUGCUGAAUCCUUCCAGCGUAAAAGUUUACCACCAUUUGAAAUACAACACGUCCAUAUCGAACCCGUGCACGAGCAACCACUGUUCGCACUUGUGCUUGCUGGUGCCGCAGGGCCACCGGUGCUCCUGUCCGGACUCCUCCGUGGCCAGCCAGAAGAUAAAGGCCGAUAUAAUUUGCGACGCGGCUGCCGAGCGGGAGCGGCCCCUGCCUAGGGUGUGCAAAUGCGAGAACGGCGGCGUGUGCAAAGAGGAGGACGAGAACAACGAUCUGGAGUGCCAGUGCCUGCCCGACUACCAGGGCCAGUACUGCGAGAUACAUUCGGAGCGCAGUCGGGCCGGCGAGACCGGCAACACCGCCGCCAUCGUCAUUCCCAUCGUGGUGGUGCUGUUGUUCCUCGGCGCCGGCGUUGGAGUGUACUUCUUCGUUAGGAAGAGGCCUUUCGGAAAGGGAUCCGGUCUGGGCAGCCUGGCGAGCAGCCAAAGCGUGUCGUUCAGGCAAGGGACGAACGUGGAAUUCGGCUCGAAUACGUUCAACAACGGUGGCGGGCCGUCGGAGCCGGUGGACGUGGCGUACAGUUUGGACGCGAUCAGCGGCAACAACAAGAACCGAGAUUUCCAUAAUCCCAUGUACGACGCCGUGCAAAACAACCCCGAAGCCAUACCGAACGGAAGCGGAGCGAUAUACGAAGUAUCUUCGGAGUUUCCGAAGCAGAAGGGAGAGACGUUCGUGGAGCCGCCGAGCGCCGUAAUAGCGCCGUCUAGCGUGAAACACCUGUCGUCGCCGCAGGUGCAGGUGAGGCACCGAGAACUGGACCCGGCGCAACAAGACACGGGCAAGGACACCCAAAAAUUAGUUGAAGAAGACUGCUGAUAUCGAAUUAAAAUUCCAAUUUUUAACGUAACACUCGACUAUAAUAGAUGAUAUCGAAAGAAACGAGCUUGUACAGAGACCUGAUUUUUACAGUUGAACUAAUUCAUGUAAAUGGAUACGAAUGUUUUUGAUAGAACCAUUUUUAUAUAGCGUUUGUUUUUUAUAUUCGAGGACGGGAAUUUAUCAAAUUUGAAAACCUUCGCAUUUGUUUAUGUAAAUAUUAUUUAGCUCUUUAUCUUCUUAAAGCGCGGUGUUUUUUAUUAUUAUUCGAAAGUACACUUUGAAUAGAUUAAAAUUGCCAAAAUUAUUUUAAGAAGAUAAUUGAUAUAGGGGGUGAUAUGAUACACUCCUUCAAUUCUACAUUCAAAAGGUCCGAUUCAAUUAAAGUAUUUGUAUUAUACUAUAAAAAAUUAAGAUAAUUAGCCAGUAAUAUAAUUUAUUUUUUCAAUGUUUACAAUUAAGUCGAUGUCGAGAAAUAUAUUUUUUUAUCGAGAUAGUAGUGAGAGAUACUAAAAAAAUGUUAAUUCGAAUGGAACUAGCACGAAAGUCCGUUUGGGUAUUAAAAAGUGCCAUGGAUAGACGCGGAAAUGCGUUUUUUCGGGAAUAAUCUAGUUCCAUUUUGUGAAUAAAUGAAUCAUUCCGAACAAUGUAAAUAUUCUACCCUAAUAUUUAUCUCGUCAAAGAUUGUUAGAUUUGAAUGCUAGAAAGAAUUCCGCCUACUGCGUCCAUAUCAAUUAAAUGUAUCAAAAAUUAUUGUAACAAAAAAUCUGGCGAAAGGAAUUUGUUCUAGUGUUCCGAAAAACACAAAAAAUCCCUGAUUUUCAACAUUCCACUCGAUUAACGUAUUAAAAAAUAACAGAAACACCGUCCAACGUUGUUAAUAUUGCAAUUUUUUUCUGAAAAAUCAGAGAUGCUGUUUAUUUUAGUUUAAAUUUUAUUGAAUUGUUAUUUAAUUCUAUGAUUUUAUCGAUAAUAAGGGAUGUUUAUGUGAUCAGUUAGCGGUGAAAGGUGCUUGUAGACUAGACAAGAUAUGUACUUACAGCACUGACUAAUCGGCACUUCAAAUAAAUAUUCGUUAUGGUCUUGUUGCAAAUACGAUAAAUGUAACUGUGUAAAUAAUCUGGGAGCAAAAUUUUUUGUCUGUUUUACAGAAAAUAUAAGUUGUUUAUAAUAUUUGAAUUCUAUAUAUUCAAUCCUCGUAAACAACCUAGUUGAUAAUAUUAAUCCUUUAAUAUAGAGAGAAGUUAUUUAUUUUAGUACGUAUAUACAUUUUAACCAACAAUUACUUUAACUUACAUAUUGCGUUUUAAAUACUUCCAAUAAAAUAUACCUAAAAAAUCGACGACUCAAAAUAUCACUAUAUUUAAGACAAAAAUACUCGGACAAAAAGGUCCAUACAAUAAUUAAAAUAAUAAAAAAUAACAAGAUGUUACGUCAAAUAAAGACUCGUGUAAAAAGAAAUCAACAUGAACCCAAAUGUCGAGAAUCGUUUGCCAAAUGCAGUGAGAUAAUAUCUUUCAAUCACAGUCGUAAAACCGGCCCGAAUCCCUCUUACUUUAGCUGUACUUCUUCAAAAAUCCCGCGUGGAACUUCGAAAAGUUGUUCAACAUAUCCUUCAGCUUGUCCGUCUGCGGCAGGAUGGUCGUCCUGAAGUGAUAGGUGCCGGGCUGCUGGCCGAAACCCGAGCCGGGCACCACGCAGAUGCCCGUCGAUUCGAGCAACUCGAACGCGUAGAACGCGUCCGGCGCCUGGCCCUUCGCCCGCGCCGCCUCCACCGCCUUGGCCGGCAACUUGAACUGCGGGAACGCGUACAUGGCGCCCUGCACCGGGUUGCACGAGAAACCCUCCAUCGAAUUGAACGUGUCCGCCACCAUUUUGGCCCUCAACUACGAAUUACAACGCUCGCAUUCGACGGUAGGCGUGUGAAUCAAAGCGCUUACCUUCAGCGAUUCCAACACUUCGGUUUUCUCCUUGACGAAUUGCUGGUAGCUGGGCUCCCCUUCUCUCGGGGGGUUCACGAUGACGUCCAAGCAGGCUUGUCCUAAGGUAGUUGAGCACAGCAUGGCGGUGAUGGCUUUGAGGUACAUCGCUUUAACGUCCGCUUGCAUGUUCACUACUUCAGCGUAUCCACCGCGGAGCCCGCAUUCGCCCAUGAAACCCUUCGAAGCCGACAUGAAGCUGGCCAGUUCCAUUUUGUUGUACGGUUCGCCCAUCUCCGUCAUAACCUACAACGGGUUAUGAUAACCCACACGUAACUACGCGAUUCGGGAGUGUAAUACUCACUUUCUUAAACGAAUGGAACUUGGAAUUGGGAUCGUAAAUGUUGUGCUGGUAGACCUCAUCGGCCAAAAUGACGAGCUUCUCUUUGUAGGCGAAUUUGAUGAUUUGUUCGAUGUUCUGCUUGGUGAGCACCUGGCCGGUGGGAUUGCCCGGGUUGAUGAUCACUAUCGCCCUCGGCACGCAGUACUU